AUGGCAAGUAACCCACGAAGAAUUCCCCCCGGAGGGCAAAAAAGCGGUCCAUCCAGUGUCAGAGAACCUUUCCUGCAGAUGGUCCAUUCAAAUGAGUCAUUCCCAGCCUUCCAAACGUGGACUCAGCAUGACAACUUCCUCCUCCCCAGUGAGUCCUGGGAGUUGCCUGGUUUCACCCGGCAAGCCUACCACCAGUUGGCCUUGAAGCUGCCACCCUACACAGAAAUUAAGUCCAAGGUGCGUCAAUGCCUAACCUACCCUGCUGAGAAUGCAUCCCAGCACACCUGGGGCUUUCACACGUGGCUUGAUGUGGGGCGCUUGCCUGCCACCUUCCCUACACGGCCUGAUGUGCCCUACGAUAGCAAUGUCUGGCGCUGGUUGACGAACUCCAGGGCCCACCACCAGCCCCCAGCCAAGCCUCCCAUCCCCCCUCCCUCCUGGAUGGGUAAAAACAGCUUCCUGACCUUCAUCUGCUGUACUCCCAUCUUUGUGGAUGCAAAUAGGAAGAACCAGGUGAUCCUCAGGACGGUGAAGGAGCUCAAAGAGGUGGAGAAACUCAAGCUGAGGAGUGAAGUGAGAGCACCUCCACUCGAUGUACACGGCAACAUCCUGCCUCCAGAGAACUUCAAGAAAUAUCAGCACAUAUCAGCUGGUGGAAGGUUUGAACCCCGCGGCCUGCAGCUCAUGCCCAACCCACUUCCCAAUGACCUCACCAAGAGCUGGCCCUGUCCAAACCCUCUGCCACAUUACCAAGAGAAGAAGCUAAAGCUGGCGGUGCUGCCCAGUGCACCCCUGAGCCAGGACCUCGUGAGGAAUUACCAAACCCUGAUCAAGGAUCGAGUUGCCUUGCCCCUCUACUAUCUCUCCACAGCAAAACCUGGCAAAACCUCAACAAGGAAGAGAAGGUGUGGACACAUCUAGAAGAGCCUCCA